AUGGGUCUGUUCCGGAUGUUACUGAUUGGCGUGGCCUUGAUCGUCUCAUUGCCGAUUGCCGCCUUCGUCUUCCUCGCCCUGCGCUUCCAAUAUACAUUGUUGAAGGGAACCAAAACCAAGAGGAACCUGGGCCUGGAUGAUCCAAUCUGGUCUUUAGAGGAAUACCAGAGGCUCUUCGCCCACAGAAAAUGGGCUCAUAUCGAGUCGUUCGCAUGCGCCAAGGAGAUCCCAUUGAGCAGGAUACGGCGCAGCCUGCUCCAGAGCCAAGAGGGACUGGUGUCGGAAGUUUUUCGGGUGGUAUGGAAUCGUCGAGUCAACAUGCAAUCUGGGGGGGCUCCGUCUGACGUAGCACCGACCGUGGGCUCGCGAAGCCAGUCUUCCGACAUUCGAGCAGAGGUGGUGGGUAUCACACCGCAAGAGAUGUCCAUGGCAAUCACCACGGUCCACACCAACUUCACCGGAGGCUUGGAAACUGUUACAGUGGAGAUCAACCCAAGCGCUGAUGUGAUGAUCGUAACGUUCAAAUACCUGUGGCACAAUGAUAUUAUCCUUCCACGAAAGUGGAAGCAGUGGCUGGGCGUCUACAUGCAAUUGACAUCGAGACGAAUGUGGCUUUUGGAUCUUGCCGCGGCCUUGACCAGCCAGUAG